AUGGUGAAGUAUUCCCCGAUGGCGGCGUUCUUCUGCUGGGGGAGGGAGAAGGAUAGCGUCGUCUCUCAGCUGGAGGGCGUCCUCCUCAUCUCGAAGGGGGUCUUUCAGUACUUCAUGCUUGUGGCCUUGGAAGCCGGCGGCCCGCUCAGGGGCGCCGUCCUCCUCGCGGCGGCGCCCCUACUAGCUCUGUUGGAGGUCCUCGGCUGGGAGAAGACGGCUCUUCGCGUCAUGAUCUUCGUCUCCACGGCGGGGCUGCGGGUGGCCGAAGUGAAGGCGGUGGCGAAGGCCACCCUUCCGAGGUUCUUCCUCCAGGACACGGCAGAGAAAGUUUAUGGGAUGUUCGCCGCCUGCGGGGGGAAGAGGUACGUCGUCACCUCCAUGCCCCGGAUCAUGGUGGAGCCCUUCAUCGUCGAAUAUCUAGACGGAGCCGGGGUUGUGGGCGCGGAGCUGACGACGUUCCGAGGUCGCUGCUUGGGUGUAGCGGCGCCGCCUGGGUCCGACGCCCUCAAGGCUGUGUCUGGCGUCUGCGGAGACCUCGACGUUGGUCUCGCUGAAGGGCCACAUCGUUCUUUCCUGAACUUCUGCAGGGUCUGCCCCCCUGUCUCCCUCUCUCUCUCUCUCUCUCUCGCUUUCUCUCUCUCUUCUCUCUAAACUCUUUCUAUGUGGACCAGAGCUUAGUCUGCUGACUUUGUAGGAAGCCUACUACGUCCCACCGGAAGGGGAAGCCUCAGUCUUGCCGCGGAAGAGCUACCCGAAGCCUCUGAUCUUCCACGACGGACGGCUCGUGGCACCUCCAAGCCCGAUCAAUGCCUUGGCCUUGAUGUUGUGGUUACCAGCGGGCAUACUCCUGGCUGCCACCCGCGCCGUCUACAUUCUGAUGCUCCCCCUCAGCUUGCAACCGGCGUUAGGGGCGGCGCUGGGAGUGCGCAUCCGCGCGAAGGUUGCUCCCACGGCGGUGACUCCUGGCUCCGGGAAGAGGAAGACGGGGACGGUCUACGCCUGCUCGCAUAGGACUCUGCUCGACCCCGUCUUCGCCAGCGUCAUCCUCCAGCGGAAGGUUGCGGCGGUGACUUACAGCCUCAGCGCCUUGUCGGAGAUUCUCGCUCCGAUCCCCACCAUGCGUCUGACGCGAGACCGGGAGCGCGAUGGGGAGAUGAUGCGGAGGCUGCUGGAGACCGGCGACCUGAUGGUCUGCCCCGAAGGGACAACCUGCCGGGAGCCGUACCUGCUCCGGUUUAGCUCCCUCUUCGCAGAGAUCACCGUCGGGAUCGUACCGCUGGCCGUCGCGGCGGGGGGUGAAAUGUUCUACGGGACGACGGUGAGGGGUCAUAAGUGUUUCGACGCCUUCUUCUUCCUCAUGAACCCGCGGCCGUGGUACCGGCUGGAGUUCCUCGACAGGGUCUCCGGGGACGGUGGAACGAGCAAUGAUGUCGCCAACCGCGUGCAGCGGGAGAUCGCCAGAGUCCUCAGCUUUGAAUGCACCAACUUCACGAGACGGGACAAGUAUUGGAUAAUUGCUGGGACCGAUGGCCUAGUUGAGUCUAAGAAAUAA